AUAUAAACAGAGAUCAUUUCUUCAAACUGAUUGCUCAGCCAACCGUUCUUCAGAGAAAAUGAUGCAAAUUUGGUCACUGCAUUACUUUUUCAGCGGAACUCCAGCUUCGUUCAGCGAACACAAAAUAAUGAGUAUAAAUAACUAGAUAUUGAGCAAAACUUUAGAUCAAACUUUUUCCAAUAGUAAAAAAUUUGAAACAAUUAUUCGGUUUUUCUUCACGAAUAUAAUCGCUUACUGUGAUAAAAUCUCAUCAAAAAAGAGUAGAAUAUUGCAAACUUGACUCGACUUAUUAAACUACAAUGUCUGCUGAAGAUUUUGAUACGGCAGCACUUGUCAUUGACAAUGGAUCCGGCAUGGUCAAAGCUGGCUUCGCUGGCGACGAUGCGCCGCGGGCAGUCUUUCCCUCGAUUGUGGGCCGACCCAAAUACGACAGCGUAAUGGUCGGCAUGGGAGGCAAAGACACCUACGUUGGAGAUGAAGCUCAGUCAAGACGAGGAGUCUUGUGUCUGAAGAAACCAAUCGAACAUGGAAUCGUGACGAACUGGGACGAUAUGGAGAAGAUCUGGCAUCAUACGUUCUACAACGAACUCCGAGUCGCACCCGAGGAUCAUCCGGUUCUCCUGACUGAAGCGCCUCUGAAUCCGAAAGCGAACCGAGAAAGAAUGACUCAAAUCAUGUUCGAGACCUUCAAUACUCCAGCGAUGUAUGUCGGAGUCCAAGCGGUGCUGUCACUGUACGCUUCGGGAAGAACCACUGGGUGCGUUUUGGACAUCGGCGAUGGUGUCGCGCAUACAGUACCAAUCUACGAAGGAUACUCUUUGCCCCAUGCCAUCCAAAGAAUGGAUCUCGCAGGUCGCGACUUGACAGACUACCUCGCUCGGAUUCUUCACGAGAGGGGCUACAACCUCGUGACGUCAGCUGAAAUGGAAAUAGCUCGGGACAUCAAAGAGAAACUGUGCUAUACUGCGUAUGACUUCGAGCAAGAAACGAUAGACUCCGGCAAAUCAAGUACGAUUGAGAAAAACUUUGAGCUGCCAGAUGGACAAGUGAUCACAAUUGGCAGCGAGAGGUUCCGAUGUCCUGAAGUUUUGUUCAAGCCAGAGUUGACAGGGAUGGAACCAGGUUCAGGAGUCCAUGAGAUGACUUACAAAGCAAUCCAGAAAUGCGACGUCGACAUCCGCAGAGAUCUCUUCUACAACACUGUGCUUUCCGGUGGCACCACGAUGUUCCCGGGACUGGAACAGCGAUUGGAGAAGGAACUCAGAGAUCUGAACGGGGAUCGAGUGAGAGUAAAAGUGGUUGCACCUCCUGAAAGGAAAUACAGCGUCUGGAUUGGAGGUUCCAUUCUGACUUCUCUGUCUUCUUUCCAGCAAAUGUGGGUAUCCAAAGACGAGUACGACGAAUGUGGACCCAGCAUCGUGCAUAGGAAAUGCUUCUAAUUUUGACAUGGAUGAUAUUUUUGGAAGUAUUUUGAAUUAGUUUAGAUGAUUUAUUCUUACAUAAUAGCGUUACUUAAUGUACUUUUUGGUUUCAAAUUUAAUCUAUUUAUUGG